CAAUCCGCAUUCCUUAGUCUCGGCUUUCUCCGGCUUUUUCGGGCAGCACGACUGAUCAAACUCCUUCGACAGGGUUACACCAUCCGCAUUCUGCUUUGGACUUUCAUUCAGUCAGUCAAGGCCCUGCCUUACGUGUGCCUACUCAUUGCCAUGCUCUUCUUCAUCUACUGUAUCAUCGGGAUGCAGGUAUUUGGCAAUAUCAAGAACGAUCCGAUGACACAAAUGAACAUCCACAACAACUUUCAGACAUUCGCCAGUGGCCUACUUCUCCUUUUCAGAAAGGAGCUAAUAAAGUUACACCAGUUUCCUUUCCUUUUCAGGUGCGCUACGGGCGAGAAUUGGCAGGAGGUGAUGCUGGACUGUGACGCCGGUCGUGAGUGCGAGGGCUCCGGUGAAUCGUGUGGAAGCAAAAUGACAUACCUCUACUUCGUCACCUUCAUUUUCCUUUGUUCCUUUCUCAUGCUUAACCUGUUCGUCGCAGUCAUCAUGGACAACUUUGACUACCUCACCCGGGAUUCCUCGAUUCUCGGACCUCACCAUCUCGACGAGUACGUCAGGGUGUGGGCCGAAUAUGACCCUACUGCAAGGGGCAAGGUACAUCACACCGACAUGUACGAAAUGUUGAGGAACAUGGAACCACCCGUUGGAUUUGGGAAGAAAUGUCCUUAUCGUCUGGCAUACAGGAAGCUAAUUCGGAUGAACAUGCCUGUGGAUGAGAACGGGAUGGUACACUUUACCACUACCCUAUUCGCCCUGAUUCGGGAGUCUCUGGGCAUUAAGAUCGGGCCAACGGAAUUGAUGGACCAGCGGGACAACGAACUGCGUUAUUGUUUGUGCAGGCUCUGGCCAGUUCAAGCAAAACGAAUGCUCAACAUUCUAGUCCCACCUGAUUCGGAAUUAACAUACUACAAAAUGACGGUGGGGAAGAUAUAUGCGGGCCUGCUCAUUCUCGAAAACCACAGGCUGGAGAAGCAGCCUCAAGGCAGGGACCAGUCAGUAAGUCUAAGCGACUGUUCUUAUUAG